AUGGAUGCGGAGCUGGAGUUCGCGAUUCAGCCGAGCACCACUGGUAAGCAGCUGUUCGAUCAGGUCGUCAAAACCGUGACAGCACAGGACGUAAAGAAGGAACAAACACUAUUGUUCAAAUUUCGUGCCAAAUUUUAUCCGGAAGAUGUUCAGGAAGAAAUUAUUCAGGACAUUACUCUUGUUUGUUCAUUCGGGCGUAAAAAGGUUAUUGCUACCGGAACUUGCCUUACAGAAGAGUGGGAAAAGCGUAUAAUGGUUUGGUGGGCUGACCACAAGAACACGAACAGAGAGCAGGCAAUGAUGGAAUAUCUGAAGAUAGCGCAGGAUCUCGAGAUGUAUGGCGUUAACUAUUUCGAAAUUCGCAACAAAAAAGGAACGGAGCUGUUCUUGGGCGUCGACGCUCUCGGCCUCAAUAUUUAUGAGAAGAACGAUCGCCUGACGCCGAAAGUUGGCUUCCCAUGGUCCGAAAUACGUAACAUAUCAUUCAAUGACAAGAAAUUUGUUAUCAAGCCAAUCGACAAAAAAGCAAAUGAUUUUGUAUUCUACGCACCACGUCUUCGAAUCAACAAACGAAUACUGGCCUUGUGUAUGGGCAAUCAUGAGCUGUACAUGCGCCGAAGGAAGCCAGAUACGAUUGAAGAAAUGAGUGCACGUGAAGCAGCUGAGCAAAAACAACGGGAAUACGAAGAAAGGAUGGAAAGAAUGCGAGAAGAAAUGGAACGGGCACAGCGUGAACUCUCAUACGCACAAGACACAAUAAGACGCCUUGAACAGCAACUUCAUGAGCUACAGGUCUGUUUGUGUCCAGUGAAUUUUUAG